UCAGACGCCAAAGCUCUAACUGCAGCCAUGAGCAGCAACGAGUGCUUCAAGUGUGGGCGAUCUGGCCACUGGGCCAGGGAAUGCCCUACUGGUAGAGGUCGGGGUCGUGGAAUGAGAAGCCGUGGCAGAGGUUUCCAGUUUGUUUCCUCAUCUCUUCCACACAUCUUUUAUCGCUGUGGUAAGUCUGGUCAUCUUGCCAAGGAUUGUGAUGUUCAGGAAGAUGCCUACUAUCACUGCGGCAGAGGUGGCUGCAUUGCCAAGGACUGCAAGGAGCCCAAGAGAGAGCGAGAGCAGUGCUGCUACAACUGUGGCAAACCAGGCCAUCUGGCUCGUGGCCACGAGGAUGAGCAGAAGUGCUAUUCUUGUGGAGAAUUUGGACACAUUCAGAAAGACUGCACCAAAGUAAAGUGCUAUAAGUGUGGUGAAACUGGUCAUGUAGCCAUCAACUGCAGCAAGACAAGUGAAGUCAACUGCUACCGUUAUGGCGAGUCAGGGCAUCUUGCACAGGAAUGCACAAUUGAGGUUACAGCCUAAUUAUUUUCCUUUGUCGCCCCUCCUUUUUCUGAUUGAUGGUUGUAUUAUUUUCUCUGAAUCCUCUUCACUGGACAAAGGUUGGCAGAUAGAGGCUGUUCCCAGGCCAGUGAGCUUUACUUGCAGUGUAAAAGGAGGAAAGGGGUGGAACAAAAACGACUUUCUGCAUUUAACUACAAAAAAUGUUUAUGUUUAGUUUGGUAGAGGUGUUAUGUAUAAUGCUUUGUUAAAGAACCCCCUUUCUACGCCACUGGUGAAUAGGGAUUAAUGAAUGGGAAAAGUUGAGUCAGACCAGUAAGCCCUUCUGGGUUUCUUGAGUGUGUUUCCAUGUAGGAGAUAAAACCAAUUUUGGAAGUGUCAAUGAACUUCCAUGUGUAACUUUAAUUUUAGCAUAAUGAUGGCCUUGGAUUGUCUGACCUCAGUAGCUAUUAAAUAACAUCGAGUAACAUCUGUAUCAGGCACUCAGAACACACAGCUGAGUGGGAGUAAACAAAA